GUCAGUGCCUCAUGAGGAGCGGUACAACAAAGCGUCCAGCUCCAGGCAACCGGUGAACCCUGACCUCCACAGGACACGGCGAGCCGCCCGGAAGUGUCGUCACCGGAAACACGUCGUGCUGGCAAAGACUCACAAAACCGGAAGCUCUUCCAUUCAGAACAUCCUCUUCCGGUAUGGCGACAAGAACAACUUGACCUUCGUUUUGCCGAAAUCGGGUCAUUAUCUAUCGUAUCCCUCGCCUUUUAACAGAAAAUCUGUCUUACAAGAACAAAGUUCUUCCGCGAAGCCAAUGGAAUAUGAUAUUCUCUGUCACCACACGAGGUUUGACUACACCAACAUCCGGGAACUCAUGCCCAAUGACACCGUCUACGUCACAGUCCUUCGUGACCCCGUGACCAUGUACGAGUCUACAUUUACAUAUUUCCGCUUGGACAGAACUUACAACAUCACGGGACCCAACCCCUUCAAAACAUUCCUGGAAUCCCCGGAAAAGUUCACCAGCAAAAACAUCAAGAAAAGAGGCGCGACCCACCACGUAAGGAAUCCCAUGUUCUUUGACCUUGGAUGGAACUCGGAUGACCUUGACACAGAUGACGACGUGUGGAGAGCGAUACGACGCCUAGACAAGAUAUUCCACUUCGUGGUGAUCGCCGAGUAUUUCCACGAAUCGAUGGUUCUACUAAGAGACCUUCUCUGUUGGGACACGGAUGACGUCACGACCUUCAAGGUCAACGCCCGGAGUGAGUGGUCCGUGAAUCACGUGACCGGUGAUAUGGUCCCGAAGAUUCUCGCGUGGAAUCGUGCGGACGCCAUGUUGUACGAUUACUUCAACAAGACACUGUGGAAGAAAAUUCACGCCUUCCGAGGUGACAUCAAAGAAGAAGCCGCCUUUUUGAGACUAAGAAAUAAGGAACUGGAAGAUACGUGUUUGGAGGAAGAUGCUAAGAAUGAACAGAGGAAGGAAUAUAAGGUGUGGAAGCCACCAGGAGUGGAUAUUAAGGGUUUUGUGCUUAAGAAAGAGGCAAGUGACAACCGCGUGUGCCAAGGGAUGAUCCGACCUGAAAUUAGAUACACGUAUCAUCUGCGUAAGAAGGAAAUAAACAAACCGUAA